AUGGAUGGAUGGAUGGAUGGGUACCUUACUGGUUUGGGGGAAUUGGCCGGUGACCUGUCAGUCAGUCAAACAAUCAGAACCACGACCGUUUUCCUCUCCUCGCCCACCUGUAUCGCUUGUCUUACUGACUUAGCCACAGUCCCCCACCCAAUUGCAAUAUCAUUGGGCACAAUCCGGGAAGGUAAGAGGAACAAACCCGACCAGGAACGAAAAGCCGUUUUCCGCCAUUCGGACGGAGCCCCGGUCGGUUCGGGCUUGGGCCCUUGUCUUGUUGUGGUGGUGCUUUGGGCUGGUCUCUCAGUGUACCGUGGCAUGGGGAGUGGUGUUCUGGGCUCUGCUUGGGGAGAGGAGGAGGAUGGAGGAUGUACAGGGAUUGGAUUGGAAUUGAGAUUGAGUUGGUAUUUGUCUGUUUGUCCUGUUCAAGUGUAUUGUUUGCAAAUGGGUAAUGGCAGAAUCUUGAGGGAUGUGCUGUCUCCAGACGGUAAGAAAUGCCUCUCGGAACGCGUGGUGACUCCGCCGGGAACCACCGCCACCGCCUGGGAGCCAAGUGGGGAAUCCAUUAACACGCUAAUCGAUAAGUCUGGAGGGAGAGAAUGGAAUGUCUCGAUAAGCCUGUGGGAAUGGGGGACGGUGGCUGCUGUGAAUGGUCCAAUUCAGCCAUGGAGUAUCCACGCUCUCUCUCUCUCUUUUCGUUUCGGUGUUUCUCUCUCUGCUACUGGUGGUGGUGGUGAGUUGCUCGCUGGUCUUCCGUUUGCGUGUAGCCUCACUGCUUGCUUCAUUUACUUUUUCGUGUUGACCACUUGGAUGAUGCUUCGGUGA